AUGGGUGUCAAGCGAGCCAACGAGGACUCAUUUGCCGGCGCAAAGGAGCCAGACAAGAAGAAACGCAAAGGAUUCUCUGUUGGACCAGCCAAUCUUCCUGAUGGCACCUACAGGCGCAAAGCACAAAAAAUCAAAAACGACCUUAUCCAAAAAGCGAAGGUGAAGAAGGCUUACGCAAAAGUCAAGGCCCAAGAGGAGGCUGCACGAAUUGCACAAAUCGCGACGCAGUCUCAUGCCGAAACCGACCUGACCGAUGUCGCUCCCGAAGGUGCUGCCGCAAGCCUUGAGUUACAUCCGGACCGACAGGCAAUGCUCGAGAGACCAGAGGCGGGCGACAGACAGAUGCAGGUGCACGGGGAUAAUGCUCAAAAGCAGGGUGCAAACUUCUACAACCAGUCGAGGAAGCGCCCUGCGAAGCAGUCACGGUACAAGAAAGAAAUUGAGCUUGGAGCUCAACACAAAGCAAAAUUUGCAGCAAAGAGGAAAGCGAAAGAGGCUCGUGAAAAGGAGCACAAAGCCAUGGCAAAGGCUAAAAGACCUGGUAAAGAUGGAAAAAUGAAGCUCGGGCGCCAGGGCACCGUGUUGCUGAAUCGAGUUCGGAGAAUGACUGAGGAGGGCAAGAUAUGA